AUGCCGGUGAAGCAUAUUGAGUGUUCUGGAACGCCUUAUGAAAUCGGUUAUCUGCACGGUCAGGGAGCUAAAACCGAGGUACACGGCAGUAUCGCCUUUUAUGGAGCGUUUUUCAAGCAAAGAACAAAGCUGGCAUGGCCAGAGGUCCGUGAAGUGGCUCGUCGAUUCGUUCCAUUCAUCGAGUCGUCGUACCCAGAAUAUGUGGAGGAGAUGCACGGCGUCGCUGAUGGCGCCGGAGUGGACCUCGAAUCGAUCGUCGCACUGAAUGUGCGCACUGAAAUCGCCUAUGGCAUGUUGAGCGAUGGCUGCACGGCCUUGUCCUGGAAGACGUCAGAUGCCAGUUUUCUUGCCCAGAAUUGGGACUGGAACUUCGAGCAGACGCCGAAUAUCAUCUGUCUGUCAAUCAAGCAACCUCCCAAGGCAAAUAUCCACAUGAUGACCGAAGGCGGCAUCAUUGGCAAGAUUGGCCUCAACUCUGCUGGAGUGGGCGUCACGCUGAACGCUAUACAGGCGCCUGGCGUAUCCUAUGAUAAGCUUCCAUGCCAUCUUGCGCUCAGGACAGUUCUGGAUAGUGCUUCUAAAGAAGCUGCGGCGGAUGCUCUGCGCAAGACAGGCGUCGCUUCGGCCUGUCAUAUCACAAUUGCUGAUUCCUCCAGCGGUGGAAUUGGCUUCGAAUGCACAGCUCUCGACAUAAUCGAGAUGCCCAUGGAAACUGACGGUCAGCUGCCGGGGACUUGUACCCACUCGAAUCAUCUGAUCAAGAAGCACAAGGUGGAGGGAACUUUGUUCUUGAACGACUCCCCUUUCCGCCUUGAUCGCAUUCAGGAAUUGAUGCGAACCGCUGACAAGCCAUCGAUGGAGAAGAUUAGUGAAAUGUUGAAAGACGACAAGAACUACCCUACCGCGAUCAACAGGGCUGUCGGUGAGAAGAGUACCAGCCAGACAUUGUUUUCAAUUGUCAUGGACCUGAGAAAAGGGUUCGCACGAGUCAAGAUGGGUCGGCCAACAGAAGACGGGGAGGUCUUUGAGCUGAAGCCGUGA